AUGAUGAGGCUGACACUGGUGAUACUGGCAGCAGUUCUUGUCACCGGCGGUGUGCAUAUCUCGGCGGCGGCGGCGGCGGCCACCGCCGGGAAGAGGGAGGAGGUGCACCUAGUGCCGGCGGUGUACGUGUUCGGCGACUCGACGGUGGACGUGGGGAACAACCAGUACCUGCCGGGGAACUCGCCGCUGCAUCUCCCCUACGGCAUCGACUUCCCGCACUCGAGGCCCACCGGAAGGUUCAGCAAUGGCUACAACGUCGCCGACUUCAUCGCAAAACUUGUGGGUUUUAAGAGGAGCCCGCCGGCUUACCUGUCGUUGACGCCACAGACGAGCCGUCAGCUCAUGCGAGGCUUCCGCGGUGCAAACUACGCUUCUGGAGGAUCCGGCAUUCUCGAUACCACGGGGACAACCGUCAUCACACUGAGAAAGCAAAUCGAGUACUUCGCGGCCACCAAGUCAAAGAUGAUGGCGAACGGCGGCGGCAACAGCUCGCCGGCGGUCGAUGAUCUGCUGUCCAAGUCCCUCUUCCUCAUCAGCGACGGCGGCAACGACCUGUUCGCGUUCCUGAGGCAGAACAACAACCGGACGGCGAGCCAGGUGCCGUCCUUCUACGCCGAUCUGCUGUCCAACUACACGCGGCACGUCCAGGCGCUGUACGGCCUGGGGGCGAGGCGGUUCGGCAUCAUCGACGUGCCGCCCAUCGGGUGCGUGCCGUCGGUGCGGGCCACCUCGCCGGCCGGCGCCGCCAGGUGCGUCAACGGCGCCAACGACCUCGCCAGGGGGUUCAACGACGCGCUCAGGUCGACGAUGGCCGGGCUCGCCAGCUCCGGGGCGCUGCCGGGGAUGAGCUACUCCGUCGGCAGCUCGUACAACGUGGUGGACUACCUCACGGCGAACCCGGCGGCCGCGGGGUUAAGGGUGGUGAACAGCGCGUGCUGCGGCGGCGGCCGGCUCAACGCGCAGACCGGGUGCGGGGCGCCCAACUCCACCUGCUGCCGCAACCGCAACGAGUACCUCUUCUGGGACGGGGUGCACGGGACGCAGACCACCUCCAGGAAGGGCGCCGUCGCCAUCUACUCCGCCCCGGUGCAGAUGGGCUUCGCCUCGCCCAUCAAUUUCAAGCAGCUUGUUUCUUCUUGACGCAGAUGCUUCAUCUUGAUACGUACUUAUUUAUAUCAUCGUAGCAAUACUCUAUGCGUGCUGGCAAAUGAGUUAGGGCAAGAGAAGAUUUACACUUUUGAUUCUUUUUUAGAACAAAGAUAGAGAAACACGAGAAGAAGUAUCACACCAUUUGCAAACUUAGGCCGAAAUGGCCUUGAAAUAAACUCUUCAAUAAAUUGGCAGGUUGAAAUAUUUGCCGGCCUCAACGUGCGGCCCCAU